AUGACGAAGGACGCGAAGAAGCUGCGGUGUGCGGGUGUCAAGGGCAAGGCCGCCACGCCUGCAGCCGUGUCAUCUUCCCCCACGGGAUGCAGGGGCGCGGUGGUUGCUCUGGAGUCCAAGGACGGGUCCGACAUUGCAGACAUCUUUGCCGCCAUGCGCGCGAAGCGGCAGCAGGAGCGUGGCCGCGGCGGCAGCAGUAAUGAUGGCUCUGUCCAGCGACGCAAGGCUGAGGAGACGGCUGGCCAGUCCGUCAGCGACGGCCUGUACCGCGCACCGGAGAAGACACUCGGGCUGAGUGACUCUGCAUUCUUUGAUGUGGCAUCGCAGCGACAAAAGAAGCGGCGAAAGACGAGCAAAGACCCGACCGCGGUCGAAGUCGCAGAGGAUGUGCUGCAGCGUGAGGGGGUGGAUCGCAUUGUCACUGUGGAAGAGUUGCAAAAAAUUACAUCGUCGAACCCCAAAGCGGGCACGACCGCCAACUGCCCUUUUGACUGUGAUUGUUGUUUCUGA